AGGAAGGGGAAAAAUGACUUAAUGUAGCUUUAAUAACGGAGACAUACUGAAAGGAUUCUUUCCCAAAACUGCUUCUUGGCUCCUUUAGUGACGAAACCGAGCUGUAAUUUGAGAACAGAUACCUCUUCUAAAGCAUAUCAUUAGCCAGAAAGCAGAGCACUGCAUUAGCAGUCCAGAUGUAGACACAGUGCAGUAGCAAACAGCACUACACAGACGGCAAGCACUCUCAGCACAGACUUGCUAUGUUCCUCCUGCUACUUCCAAAAAAAGACAUAACAGAUUGAUAUAUUUACAUAUGAGCCCUUCUCCAUCUUCUCAGUGUCUCUCUUCCACAUUGAAAGCAGACAAUAUUUUGUCUGCACAGCUAGGAAGACUUGAUCCUGACCGUUCCUGCACAUUAAAGACUCACAAGCAUCUGGAUGUACCGAAAGACAAUUUGUCAUCUACAAUGCAAAUCUAAUCAGCUUGUGGAACGUAAAGUGUGGAUCCUACAGCAAAGAAGGAUUUUUGGACCGGUCUAUUACUUAGGAGAAGGAGAGAUCAUUUUAUAGGUUCAGAACACACUGACACUUUCGUGUCACUAAAGACCAUCUCGUUUCAUGAUGACAGGACUUAACCUAUUCUGGUUUGGGAUUCUUUUCAGCCUGUGCAAUGCUUACUAUGAUGGACCUCUCUACCCUGAAAUGUCCAAUGGGAGCCUCCACCAUUACUUUGUUCCCGAUGGAGACUAUGAGGAGAACGAUGACCCCGAAAAAUGCCAGAUGUUAUUCAAGGUGACAGAUGAGAGGGCCUGUGCUUAUGGGGAUGGCGCACCUCUCUCAGUUAAAGAUGAAUUUAUAAUCAUUAAAAGGCAAAUUGAGGAUGCACAGAGGGUUAUUGAGAGCAUCGGGAAGAGCAUUUCGUAUGACCUUGACGGAGAAGACAGCUAUGGAAAGUAUCUAGGAAGGGAAUCUUCUCAGAUCAGUGAAUCCUUCAGCAACUCCGACAAGUCUCUGUCAGAGCUGGAAGUUAAGUUUCAACAGAGCCAGGACAAUGAGAGAAAUGAAAUCAAGGGGUUAAACGAUAACUUUAUCGCUAUGAUGAUUCACACAAGAGCUGUUCUCAAAGAAACGUUAGAUAUCUCUUCAGGACUGAGGGAUAGAUACGAACUGCUUUCUUUAACCAUUAGAAGUCAUGGUACUAGACUAAGCAGAAUGAAAAAUGAGUAUUUAAAGGUUUGACACCUUUUAUUCUCAAUCUACCUAAGUGCAAUUUAUGCAAAUCAUCCUUGUAGAUUUUCAUGUACAGGAGAACUUCCCCAUGUUAAUGAGUGUGUACAAAACCUGGUACAUAGAAUGCCCUUGCUGUGCCAGUAGAUACAGAGUAACCGUUCUGCUACCAUACCCAGAGCUAACAUGGCAUCUGGAAGUGAAUGGGUUAAGAAGUGGUUCUACUAAAUGACUGUGCCGUGGGGAAGUUAAAUGCAUUGGAAAUCAUUGAAUGCAUUGUUUUUAAUAUUUAAAUAGCUACACUCUGUCAACAUUUUGGUUGAUUCUUAAAUUGUUUUUAACCUAUUGACUGCUGUGUGGUCCAUGAAUCAACUUUCUUUACAUAUUCCACAUGCAAUUAAUGGGUUAACACUAUUUACAGAGAACAUAUAAUUUUGUCUUAAAACCAGUAUUGUGAUUUAACACACUCAUGGACAUAGUGAUGCAAUGUACACCAGGGUAUAUUAUUUAUUUUAUUGAAUUGCUGCAUCCUUCUAAAAUGACUAUGUUGUACAUACUAAGUAUAUUGCUAUAAAU